AAUGUGAGCUACGAAAUUAAGAAAUUCGAGUUCAAAAUCAAAUCGUUCGAUUAUUGCGGCAGACGUUCAACGUGUGCCUUUCAUGCAUCUCGCGAGGUCUCGCAAUUGUACGGAAAAUCACCUAUUGAGGCUGCAAGUUAAUAGUUUGUAUGAUUUUUUUCAACCCCUAUUUCAACUACUGUAAAUGCAUAAUUGCUAUUCACUUUUUAAUUUUUUUGCUGAUCUAAGAUUUCUGCUAAAUUAACAGAUCAAUAUUUUAUUCAUAUUUCACAGUUACACCUAGCAAUGCUGCCACUGCUCCAAGACAUCCCCAACAACAACAACAACAGCCGCCAUCACAGUUACACUACCAUCCCGGUAGAGCUGCUCACGUACCACCAUAUCAUCAAAAUGUGCCCCCUCAUCAUCAGCAACUGCUAAAACAACACCAACGCAUGACUGAGGAACACCGCAGACGCUUACAGAUGCACCAGCAAAACAUGCAAAGACAAAGAGAGAGAGUGUCUCAGAACCUGUACAUGCAUCAUGUGCACAGACUGCGACAAGCUCAGCGGCAACAGCAACAGCAACAGCAGCAGCAAGUACAACAGUUGGCACAACAAGCACAGCAGGUUUAUCAGCAGACUUUACCACCAGGUCCUGUGUUUGUCGACGAAGUUGUUCCUCCACCCAUUCCCCCUGUUCCUUCUAAUCCAGUAGAAAUAGAUCAUAACGAAGGAGAUAGCGCACCAGUAGAGGGGGCAUCAAGAAACUGUGCUGGAGGCAAUCCUGGCGUUCAUCAACAUAGGCAUUUACAUCAUCAUCUUCAUCAUUAUCACCAUCAACCU